AGGCAGUUAGGGCCAAAACAAUCGAAGCACUCUUGCAGAUGGGUUCGCACUGAAAUCUAUUCUUGAGCGACAAAGUUGGAGCUUUUACAAUAUUCACUCGUUUCUGGAGAAUAAUUAUGCUCUGUUGAUGUGAAUGAUCCAUAAAGUUUAUGAUUUCUUUACUGAACCAAAUGCAUUACGGUUGUUGAUGGGGUUUGCCAACCCUGUACCAUGGGUGCGCCACGAUUGACCAUGCCCGUCCGUGCACGGCGCUUUAAACUCAUGAUCAGUCGGUGCGCAUCCACAUGGUCCGCUCGUCGCGAAGGAAAGGUGUACGUGUGUUGUAUAUACGGACGGACGCGCACUCAGUCAGUCAUUUUACACGUUCGAUCUAGUAGCCUCCGAUCGACCGUUUGUGUGGUCAAGCAACAAUCCAGCCGUCACUCGGCAGUAGUGACCAGUUCGCGACGGAACGUGCUACGUCCAUAUAAAGUGAUAAUUGUACUAUCCACGAAACGUGCCCAUAAUUGUCGUGGUGUCGGCCGUGUGAUCCGGAGCUGUGUCACUGCUUAGGAAACGAUCCACAAGGAAAACUUACUUGAGAAAAACUGUACGUGUACUGUGCGUGAUCUUCCAUCGAGGAAAAAUCAUCCAGCAGUGAUCAACCCUCAACGGGCCCACUAACGAUGGAGAACAAGGAGGAACUGGUGGCCAAGCUGACGCCCCUGCAGUAUCACGUCACGCAGGAGGCCGGCACCGAGCGACCCUUUACCGGGAAGUACAACAAGUUCUACGAAAAGGGUACCUACAUCUGUGUCGUCUGCAGCCAGGAACUUUUUAGCUCGGAAACGAAGUACGACUCCGGGUGCGGUUGGCCAGCAUUUAACGAUGUGCUCGAUCAGGGCAAGGUGACACUGCACAAAGAUCCCAGCAUCCCGGGGGGUAAUAUCCUAUUGUUGAUCACACAACCAGGCCGCGUGCGGACGGAGGUACGAUGCUCGAAAUGCGCUGCACACAUGGGCCACGUGUUUGAGGAUGGUCCACCACCGACCCGUAAGCGUUACUGUAUCAAUUCGGCUUCGAUCGAAUUUAUGGCCGCCGGCACCGAACGAAAAGGCGGUUCGAGCUAAGCGACUAGCAUGUGCCAGAAGGGGGUGCGCCGGCCAGGACGGGAGGAUAGUUUCUGGAGAGACUCGUGUCAUAGAGGAGUGCAAAAUGUGAGCACCGAAGGGGGUAGCAGCAGCAGCAGCAGCAGCCGACAACGCUUGGUGCCAGAAGUCGAUGGACCAGAAUGGCUAAGAUCGGUCUUCAACGUCGUCGGGAAUGAAAUGCGCAAGCAGCAGCCGGUGGAUGGUGCCUAUUUAUUGAAGGAAGUUAGCCAUAUGGAUUAAUUUUAGCGACGUCCUGCAAGAGGAGCUCCAGCGUUUCUCCACAGUUUAUCUGUCUGAUGGGAUGGAUGUUUUUUUUCUAAUCAAAACGUAUAGCUUUUUUCUGUAUGAUUUCUUCUCGAUGCAACAAGAGUCACAGGAACAUGCUUCCGAUAGCAAUAUAGAAUGUAAAAAUUCAGAUGGGAAUGAAUGAACGCGUAUAACUGUGAACUCGCAAGGGUAAAACACGUUUGUGUGUGUGUGCAAACAAUAAACUAACAUUUCCGAUUAAAAAUAAAAUAACUGAUGUUUUUGAAAAAUGUCAGACAAAACACACGCAAA